AUGACGGUAGAGGUGGAGGAGGAGUUGAAGGCGAAGGAAGACACGAAAGGAGAGGAGGAGGAGGAGAAGAAAGCAGCGGAGGAGAUGAAGACAGAGGAGGAGUUGAAGGCGGAGGAAGACACGAAAGGAGAGGAAGAGGAGGAGAAUGCAGUGGAGAAGAUGAAGACAGAGGAGGAGUUGAAGGCGGAGGAAGACACGAAAGGAGAGGAGGAGGAGGAGAAAGCAGCGGAGAAGAUGAAGACAGAGGAGGAGUUGAAGGCGGAGGAAGACACGAAAGGAGAGGAGGAGGAGGAGAAAGCAGCGGAGAAGAUGAAGACAGAGGAGGAGUUGAAGGCGGAGGAAGACACGAAAGGAGAGGAGGAGGAGGAGAAAGCAGCGGAGAAGAUGAAGACAGAGGAGGAGUUGAAGGCGGAGGAAGACACGAAAGGAGAGGAGGAGGUGGAGAAAGCAGCGGAGGAGAUGAAUGCGAAGGAGAUGAAGGCAGAAGAGGAGGAGUUGAAGAUGGAGGAAGACACGAAAGGAGAGGAGGAGGAGGAGGAGAAAGCAGCGGAGAAGAUGAAGACAGAGGAGGAGUUGAAGGCGGAGGAAGACACGAAAGGAGAGGAGGAGGAGGAGAAGAAAGCAGCGGAGGAGAUGAAUGCGAAGGAGAUGAAGGCAGAAGAGGAGGAAUUGGAGGCAAAGAAACAGUAA